AUGAUUGUGCCCGACUCACAAUCAGCAGACGUUGCUGGGCCUUCCAGACAAUCGGCCGGAUCACACGAUCGAUGGAAUCGGCAUCUUAACCCCAAGGUCAAGCCGGAACCCGCCUGCGAAAACAGCAACAACGUCAUUGACCUCUGCGACUCGGGAGACGAGCUUGCUCGUUCCGUCAAACCUGUACCGUCCAAGCCUAUACUACGCUCCAAAACGCCUGCUGCAAAGGGCGGCAGAGUCAAAGACCAAGUUGACGACGAUGACAAUGGCUAUGAUGGUCUCCUCAAGUCCGACCAUGACGACGAGUUUGGCAGCACGUUUGUGAAACAUAAGAGCAAGAAGCGCGGAUUGUCAGAAUCGCCUUCAAUAUCGAAGCUAUACGCUAUCGCUCGGAUUGCCACUCUCGCCACGGACGGUGUCGCUUCGGUCUCAGAAUGCGAAGCAAAGCUAGCUGGCGUCAGCGCAGGCAUUCUCUCUCGAAUCCAAAAGUCGCUCGCUCUCGCCAAACACCCGGGCACAGGUGAGGCAGAAGCGCAACAGGCGCUCCGCCUCGCCACGCGUCUGAUGUCGUCUCAGAACCUAACACAGGCGGACCUGCUCGCUUCGUCCGAUGCCGAAACCAACCAAUCUCGUGCUGGAAUGUCGAUCGUCGAGAUCGUCUCUCAAACCAACGCAAGCCCGCGCAACGAGAGCUGGGUCAAUCAAGUCGCCAUAGCUGUCAACCUGUUCUUUGAUGUAAAAGCGUACUCAACUUCGUACGCAAAUCGCACCAAAUUGAGCUGGACCUUUUACGGUCUUGCAGUCAACACGGUCGCCGCCGCACACGCGUUCGAAAUGGUUCACAACCAGGUGCUCACGUGGGCAUACGACAAGGCGGCAGCCAAACUUGUAUCUGGUAAGACGGGAAAGAACAGCUACUGUCAGGGCGUCGCUGCCGGACUGAUCGCACUAGCGAAGAAAGAAAAAAAAGAAGAGAUGAGACUGGCCAUUGAGUCCGAGCAGAAGCGACUCAAACUCGCAGAAGAGCAAGAACAAGCGCAGAUCAAGAAGGAAAGGCAGCGUUUGAAUCAAUCUGCUAUCAAGUGCGAGUCAGACGUCCCCACAUGGUCGCGUGUCAAGCCAGAGGCGCACGAGCAAAGUAUGCAUACCGGCUCAGCCCGCGGAUCUCGAACUGUCAAGCUGGAAGAUGUCGUGGAUGAACAAGAUACCAAACCUUUCAGAUACGGCAUCAAACGAUCUGACUCGGAGGACGCUGAUGCUGGCUUCGGUCGAUGGACCGAGAAUCGCUCGAAUCGCGGUAUUAGUGUUGGAGGAAUCAAGCGCGAAAACGGCGUCGAAUACGAUGACUCGGACAACGAAGAUACCAAUGAGCAGUUCUACGAUUUUAACAACCACAUUCCUCCCGGCCAUGGCUUUGGGGACGACGUUGACGAUGAUAUCAAACCCCAUUUCGACGAAGCUCUCGAACGCGAUAUCAUCGAUCUCACCGACGACCUCGAAGAAGAUGUCAAACCAAAACUUGAGACCGAUUUCACAGACGUGAAACCGAAACCCGAACGCGAUAGCGAAGAUGUCAAGCCAGAUUUCGGCGCCGGUUGGCAAUCUGGCAACCAGCUCAUCCGCUUCCGUCAGGACGCCGAGAAAGUUGCCGACGACUACCUCGCCUCACAGCAUUCUGGCUUGAAGCUCAAGAAACGCGCAAAGUCGAGCUUCAAAAAAGAUUCACACGCCUUUCAACAGGGCAAAGAGGACGCCAAGAAGAUCGAUGUAAAGAGGAAACGCAUUCAAAAUUGA